CUGUCGUGUUGUCUUUCGUGCGCACGCUAUUCAAACGUGUUUGCGCAGAAGGAUAGCACGGUGCCGACAGCUAGCCGUGUUCGUGGCGUCUGCAGCCAUAUUAGCGGGGAAUCACAGUUGUAAGGCCCGUGCCAUCUAGACGCCUUUAUUUUUGGGGGGGAGAACGUGACUGCGGACUAUGUCAAACUCCGGGACUUACGCCGCAAGCGCUGUACGAGAGCUCGGUGUCGCCGCCGGACAGACUGUGCAACGCCGAAAAUACGAGCUGGACAGGCCGGCGGAAAGCUUUCAGCUGGACUCCUUCGUCGGGACGCCAGAAAUUACGGCGUACCGAAAGCAGCUGCAGAAGGUGCGUUCCUCUAGCCUUCAAGGUGGUGGUGGUGGUGGCGGUGGUGGUGGCGGAGAAAAGACAACUGUGACAAUAACGCGUCUCGAGCGCUCUUCGUCGGAGCCCUGCACGAUGGUCCACGCGCGCCGGCGGCAGGAGCGGCGCCGUAGGGUAGAGAGCCGCUCAUUCUCCGUGGAUCUCAGCCGAAGGCAGAACGAGGAAAUGCUCUGGAGCAACCUGGCGUCCCUGCUGAGCUACAUCUACGCCACUCUGAUCGUGGUCCUCGGAGGUGUCAUGACCGUGGUCCAGACGUCGGUCACGAUAGGUCGACACACGAUCGAGCUUGAUGACGCGUUCGCGUGCGUGGUAUGCGUGGUCGGCCUGACUUGGCUGGUGUUCCUGCACGGGGACCUCACGUGGCACGAUGCGCGCCGCUCUCGCCGGCCGACCGUGCCCUGCGGCCGAGGCAGCAGCAGCUGCACCGGCAGCAGCACCGACGACGUCGAGUCCGUGGCCACUGGAGACGCGAUGGACUGGAAGGGCUGCCACAUGGGCCAGCCGCACGGGUACACGUACCUCACGGGAAGACACAGCGGAAGCUUCUACCUCAAGGCCGGCAUGACAGUGUUCUGUUGCGGCCACCUCAUUCACGAGGGUCUGCUUCUGGGCCAAGAGAUCAUUGCAUGGAUGCACGCCGGCGAAGUGUGCACCGACAUCGCCCUGCUUCUGGUUCACUCACUGAGGCCGCUCUUCUCCUUCUACCAGCUGUACUUCCUCUUCAAGUACUCGAACAUUGUAAUCAACCGAUGGGUCACACUGGCCAAAUUUGGCAUCAUGCACUGCUUUGCCACCACGCUGACUUUUUGGUUCCGAACUGUCGUCAACGACGCCUACGGAGAUGUCGUCAAGGCUUUCAAGGGCAAAGCUUCCAGCCCGAUCGCCCUGCAAAUAAACACCAGCUUCGCAGAACGCCAGUUAUACUUCUCCGAGCGGCCCGAGUUCGAGAGCAACUGGAGCUGUGCCGUGGCCGACCUGUUCUCGCCGGCGUAUAUCAAGCCCAUGCCGUACCUCUACCCGUUCGCUAUCGAGUUCAACCUGGUGCUCGCCGGAGUCUGGUUCAUCGUGCUCCAGAACGUCGGCACGUCCGCGCACAAGUACUGUCGCCACGAUUCCACCGCCGAGGCUUGCAGUGCGGUGACCCAGGAGGCCGCCGAGAACAACCUUAUCAUCAAUGCCGACUGCCACUCGGCCAACCGCGGCCUGUUCGCUGGCUUCGUCGUGCUCCUCGGCUCUGUCGUGGUCAUGAUCAUCUUCUACGUUGCGCUGCUCGAAAACAGGUACAGCAGUACCGGCGUGGCCGUCUACCUUGGUCAGGAGGGCGUGCUCAUAGGGCUGGCAUUCUUUGCCUGCCUGCUGGCCUACGGCCGCGUGGCCACCCUGGAUGUGAACAGCCACCCCAUCACGAUGCUCGAUGACUUCCUGUUGUGCAUCCCCAUCCCGUUCUUCUUUGCCCACGCGACUCUGGUUGCCAUCGCCGAGCUGGAAGUAGGCGGCAGCUACGUGCGCAUGACGCUGCAGCUCUUCUCAGUGGUGCAAGUGGUGACGCAGACCCCGCUCAUCAUCGACGCAUUGAGGCGAUGCAGCAACAGCCCCUCGUUGCGCUACAAGAAACCCGGCCGGGAGAUCGUGUCCUUCUUGAUCGUGGUCAACAUCACCAUGUGGAUAGUGUACACCUUCGAGAGCAAGGCCGUCGGCAAGCUGUUCACGGGUACGCGUUAUUUCGGUCUACGAUCCUGGGUCUUCAUCGAGCAUACCACGGUGCCUCUCAUGCUCUUCUAUCGGUUCCACUCAUCUGUGUGCCUCGCCGACGUCUGGAAAUCGGCGUACGAGGCCGAGUGAAAGCUCGGGCAGCGCCGUCUAAUUAGACGCGAACACUUCAACCAUCGCGCGUAAAGUGUUACGCUAUGUUUUAAGGCCCGGUGUAACCACAAAGGACUCAAGCUUGCCGACGAGCAUGCAGUUCCUGCUUCACGGCUGCUUCAUGACUGACAGCGCAACACGGUCGUUUGCUACGGGCGGCGAGUGUUCCAGGCCCCUGCUCAAGACGCUCUUGAAUGAUUCUGCUAGUCAACUUAACCUCAGUGAUCGCGUUAGCAAGUGAACACCCGUGAAAAAUUCCUGCCCUCCAUUUUCCCUCCCUGAUCUCGGCAUUCUCCGAACUAGUUGGGUGUGCUCUGUGAAUAUUCUGUUCAGGCAGGUUCAACAUGGCAUUUACAAUCGCGUUGUUUGAGAGAAAGCUAGACGCUGAUCAAAUACAGCUGUUACUUGUUACACCAAUAUUGAGAGCUUCUUGCCCAUCCCAUUUGGUGGCUCUGCGCCCUUGUUUGUGUAAUUACAAAGCGCUCUUGCCAAAAAGUAAUUUGUGCGCACUUCUCGCAGUCCCCUGCAACAGUUCAUCCCAGCAACUAACUUCGACCAAUGUAGGACGCGCGAACUCCAAUAGCCGCGCAAUGCAUAGGACUGAAUGCAGCUAAGCACGUGACCGUGAGGGGUACAGCGCCAGAAUUCGUUACCGAAGCCUCAUUACGAGGCAACGCAAGGCAUCUGUUCCGCCAAGCUGUGAUAUCUGUGAUUCUCUCAUUGAAGAUGACUUGAGCUUUCUUUCCGUGCGUCCUUUUAUUAUAUAUUUCAAUAGCUGCACGUGCGUGCUGUGUUUCAUGUCUGACUUAUCGCCGGCAGUUAAUGUAAAGGAUACAUUAGUUACUGCGACAUUUUGUGACCACAUGAUGUGAUAAAACUGUUUUCAGCAUUUUUAAACGAUUGCGACUUUUUACAUGCAUCAA